GAGGCGGAGGAGGAGUAGAAGCAGCAGCAGCAGCAGUAGAUAAUCCCAGCAGCAGCAAUUAUCUAAAUGAAAAUGCGAAAUCAUCAAGAAAACGGAAAUCAUCAGCAGAGCUCAGCCACGACGACAGCAAUAGUAGCAACAGCAACAGCAACAGCAACGUUAACAGCAACAACAACAGCAACAGCUACAACAGCAACUGUGACAAUGCCUUUGGAUAGCAACAAAAUGGACAACGCCAAUGGCAAUCACAACAGCAACAUCAGUAACUCCAACAACAACAAUCACAACAACAAUCACAACAGCAACAGCAACAUCAACAUCAGCAGCAACAACAACAGCAAUGGACAAACCGACAAACUGUCCAAGUUGUUGCUGCCCGCACUUAAGAACAACUCCAAGGAUGCCUCGCUAACCCAAUCACAAUCACAAUCGCAGUCACAGUCACAGUCACCGUCGCCGUCACAGUUGCAAUUGCAAUCGCAGCGUAGGCAACAGCAAUUUACGCCCCUCAAUGUUUCGGAUGCGGCCAGCAAUGCCAGCUUUAGUUCCGCAUCAGUUGCCGGCUCCAUACAGGAUGAAAUGCAGCUGCCACCCACGCAGCAGCAGCACAAGCAGCACUCGCUGCAGCAUUUGGAUCAAUGCGGCCUCACGCAAGCCGGCCUGGAGGAGUACAACAUACGCGCCUCGUCCUACUACGAUCAGACAACGUUCCAUCAUCAGAAGCAAGCGUCCUAUGCACAGUCCGAGGGCUAUCACAGCUACGUCUCCAGCUCCGAUAGUACGUCGGCCACACCGUUCCUAGACAAAUUACGUCAGGAGAGCGAGCUGCUCUCGCGCCAGUCGCAUCAUUGGUCUGAGAACGAUCUCAGCUCUGUUUGCAGCAAUUCGGUGGCUCCCUCGCCCAUUCCGCUGCUCAAUAGACAAUGCAACAGCCACGGCAACGGCAAUAGCAACAGCUCCCAGCAUCACAGUCCCAAUAGCAACAACAACAACAACAACAACAACAACAACAGCUCUGAGAGCACCUCCUCAACGGAAACACUGAAAUGGCUUGGCUCGAUGAGCGACAUUUCAGAGGCGAGCCAUGUGACGGGCUACAGUGCCAUUGCCGAAUCGGUUUCCUCCUCGCAGCUGAUUGUGCACAGCUCCCGGGUGCUGACGCCCAAGCGGCAUCAAAGCGAGAGCGUGCUCUAUCUGCACGACAACAGCGAGCCAACAGCAGCAGCAGCAGCAGCAACAGCAACAGCAGCAGCAACAACAGCAACUCCUGCUGCUGCUGCCGCUCCUGCUUCCACUGCAGCUGCAUUGCCCGCCAGCCAGUCGAUCUCAGAGGAUGUGAUGUCGCCGCUGCCACGCAUCCAACAUCGUCACAGUCCCAGCUACCCGCCGGUGCACACGUCCAUGGCGCUGCAUCGCUUCCAGCAGCAGCAGCAGCAACACUUGCCAAUCAAUUACAAGCUGAGCGCACAAAGUUCCUUGCCCGAGCUGGAGACAACAGCAGGAGCAGCAGCAGCAGCAGCAGCGCCAGAGUCUCGCUCCCACCUGGGCCAAUCGCAGUCGACAGGUGACCUGCAGCUGCACAAGUCAAGCAUUUCGGUGACCAUAUCGAGCAGCGAGGCGGUGGUCACAAUAGCACCACAGCCGCCGCCCAGCAAGCCGCAGCUGAGCAAACUGGAGCUGCACAGCUGCAGUGCACCCAAUGUGGCCAUCACGAGCAGCAGCAGCAGCAGCAGCAGCCACUCGCCAACCUUUUCCAGCAGCGCCAACGACUCGUAUCGCAGCAAUCAUCGCCUCUUCCCCGUCAGCACCUACACAGAGCCGCUGCAGAGCAACAGCUCGCAGUAUGUGCAGCAUCCGAAGCCGCAGUUUAGCGCGAAUCUGAACAAGUCCAUCAAACAUCCUGUGAUAACGCCCGCUGGUUCGGCUGUGCAGCCCGCCUGGCAUUCGGUGGCCGAGCGCAUCAACGACUUUGAGCGCAGCCAAAUGCUGGAGACACCGAAGUUUGCCUACCUGGAGCCCAGUAAGACGCAUCGGCUAUCGAAUCCCGCUCUCAAGGCGCUGCAGAAGAAUGCCGUGCAGUCCUAUGUGGAGCGCCAGCAGAAGGAGGAGCAACAGCUGCUGCGCUCUCAGUCGCACUCGCAGUCGUAUCAGGCGCUGCAGCAGAUCGAGCGCAAAUCGCUGCCCAACAAGCUGAGCCCCCUGAUGGUGGGCUUGCCCAGCACCAACUCCAACUCGAACUCCAAUUCGAACUCCAAUUCUGGCUGCAGUUCACCCACACCGCCGCCGCCGCCGCCUCGCUCCCGCUCGCUGCUGCCCAAUCUGCUGCGUCGCUCCAGCUCCGCCUCGGACUAUGCGGACUUUCGGGAGCCGCAGCCGCAGCAGCAGCAGCAGCUGAAGCCGCCGAGCAUACGGAACAUAAGCAGCGCUGAGAAAUUGUCGUUCAAUGAUUGUGGCAUGCCGCCGCCGCCGCCACCGCCGCGCGCUCGCAUAGCCAUGCCCACGCGGCGCACCUCCUCGGCCACGGAAUACGCGCCCAUGCGGGAGAAGCUGCUGCUGCAGCAGGCAGCGGCGCUGGCCCAUCAGCAACAUCAUCCGCAACAGCAUCAGCCACAUCACUCACAUCAUUCGCAUCAGGCGCAGCAGCAUCAUCAUCGUCCGGUGCAGCAUGUGUAUGAGCGGCCGCCCGAACGUCCGCCCAAGCAGCCCCAUUUGCGUGUGCCCUCGCCGGAGCUGCCGCCCCCGCCGCUGGGCGCCGAGCUGGAUACGAGCUAUACGUUCGAUGAGCCGCUGCCACCGCCACCGCCGCCGGAAGUGCUGCAGCAGCGGCCGCCGCCAUCGCCGAAUCGUCGCAACAGCUUUGCGGGCGCAGCCACAGCGAAGCCCACGCUGGCGCCGAAGGUGCCGCCGCAGGUGCCCAAAAAGCCAACGAGUUUGCGGCAGCUGCCACAGCAGUCGCUGUCCAAUGGCGCCGUCAAGCCCACAAAUCUGCCCACAACAAACAGCCGCAAGCGGCCGCACAACAAUCCACCGCCGCCCAUCCUGGAGAGCGCCGGGGCACAGCCGGCGCCGCCUCCGCUGCUGCCGCGCGCUCGUCCCACGCCGUGCCACGCCGCUGACAGCGUUAUAGCCAGCAAUCUGGAGAGCAAUCAGCACAAGCGAUCGAACUCGAAGGCCUCGUAUCUGCCGCGUCAGAGCCUGGAGAAGCUGAACAACACAGAUCCGGAUCAUGGCAUCUACAAGCUGACGCUCACCUCCAACGAGGACCUGGUGGCGCACAGCAAGCCCAGCUACGGCAUUGCGGCGGCCGCCGCUGCUGCUGGCAAGCUGAAAAUGUCCAACAAUUUGCCGGAUGUCUUGCCGCUGGGUGUGAAGCUGCAGCAGCAGCCGGUGAAGCCGAUGACGCCCAGUUCGCCGGGCGAUGUGGUUGUCGCCAUGCGCUACGGCUCCAAUAAUAAUCUCGCAACGAAUGCCACGCCCACGAAUGCAACGAAUACUGUUGGCGGCAAUAAUACAGCCUAUGCCAUGAUCUAUGGCCAGACGGCGCAGCAGCAGCAGCAUCCGCAGCAACAGCAGCAACGGUACUCGACGCCCACAAUGGGCCACGCCUACAGCAGCAAAAGCCGAUCGCCAGCGCCACAAUUUACGCGAUCUCAGUCGUACGAUGUGAAGCAACUGCAGUCCCUAAACGAUGCCACCACAUUUAUCUCCCAGUCACAGGUGGAUCUGAAGCAGGUGGUACAGAAUCUGGAGACGACGCUCGAGGAGGCAUCGCUGCCAGCGACACCGCCGCAGCUCUUCUCGCCGGCCAACUCCAAUUCCGAUUGCAGCCUCAGUACCAGCUCACUGGAAUGCAGUCCAGUGAAUGCGAAUACGAAUGCGAAUGUCAAUGCGGAUGCAGCUGCGAACAUCUUUCGGGCUGAGGUAAUCAGCACCACGCCGACGACGAUGGCGACGACAGCGACGCAGCCGAAGCCACCUGUCAGCCGGCAGGAGUCGCUGCGUGAGAACAUUGAGAAGAUAACGCAACUGCAGUCACAGCUGAUGUCAGCGCAUCUGUGUGAUACGGCGGGUCUGCUGAGCAGCUAUGGCAAGCCGAGCAGCACCACGAAUACGAGCACGAGCACGAGCACCACCACAGAGACAGCCACAAUUGCAGCCACCGCCACAGCCAGUGAGCAGCCGCCCAGCCCAGCAGCCACUGCUCAGUUGGAGGAGGAGCCGGCAGUUGAAGCGGCCACGGCAGCCACGCCCGAAGCCUCGCCCAUGGAUAGCCUGCAGCUGAUGCAGCGCAGCGAACUGGUGCUAAUUGUCAAUCCCACGCCCAGCACCUCGGACAUGGCCUGCCAAACGGAUGAGGAUCUGCUGGACAAUGAGCUGGUGGCCACGCGCGAGGAGCAACAGACGCGCACCACACUGCAGCCGCGUCAGCAGCAGGCCAUCGAGCUGGAGUACGAGCAGGCGGCCCUAGAGCUGAUCAAGCAGCUGUUGCCCAACGACAAACUCAUCGAAAUCCUAACACCAAAAAGAUAUAAGCCAACGACACAGUAUGUGAACAACUUGUACAAUCCGAAUGUGCAGCUGCGUCCGGCCAAGCGGGAUGUGGGCACCUCGACGCUGAUGCGCAUGAAGGGCGACAGCGCCAGGAGCAACAACUGUAGCAACAGCUCCAGCAACUCAGUUGCAACGACAGAGCUGCAGCUGGUCAGCGUGGAGCUGCAGCUGACGGAUGAGGACGAUGCAAGCGACACGGAUAGCACGAAUUUAAUCAAGCAGCAGCUGCAUGCGCUAAUCAAGCAGUUGAACCAAAAAAUUGGCUCGCUCAAGAGUGAGCAGCAAACAAUUUGCGAUGAGUGCAGCAUUAAUGACAAACUGGGCCUCGAUUUGCUGGCCAAAUUAACGGAGAAGGUGCGUCCCAGCGAAGCCUCCAAGUUCCGCACCUACAUCGAUGAUGUGGGUCACAUAACCAGCCUUUUGCUCUCGCUUUCCGAGCGUUUGGCGCAAACUGAAAGCAGUCUGGAGACGAUUAGCAGCCAGCAGGAGAAGAGUACGCUGGCAGCGAAACGUGAACGUCUCUAUGAGCAGCUUGAGGAGGCGCAACGGCUCAAGUCUGACAUCGAUAGGCGUGGCAGCAGCAUUGCCAAACUGAUUGGCAAACAUCUCAACGUUGACAUGUGCGCCGAUUAUGAUUACUUUAUUAAUAUGAAGGCCAAACUGAUUGCCGAUGCACGCGACCUCUCCGACAGGAUCAAGAGCAGCGAGGAACAGUUGAACGCCUUAAGCGAUGCGCUAGUCCAAAGCGAUUGCUAGCUGGGCUCUCAAUUCAAUUUUCCGUGCUGUCAACUUUAAGUUGAGGGCUGUUUGCGAGAAUUGCCUUAGCUGCUGGUCGGGCUGUGUGUAUUUAACUUAACUUAAUGUGCUUAAAAUUCAACCACAACACACACACUAUAAUGUAUAAAUAUUUUAUGUUCAUUUGUGAUUUUCAAUUAGUAUGUAGGGUAAACUAUGUAUCAACCGCAUAUGUGUAAGCAAUUUUUUACAUAAUUAUCAAAAGCAAAGAUAAACUGUAUGCA